UGCAGACUGACGUCGACAGGCGUGGUAAAAACAAUGAGAACACCAUGAAUCCAAGAGGUCAACAACAAAUGGAGACAAAUAAAAGAUAACGCAGGGCGCGUCCAUAAAUUAUGAUAUAUAUGGAUUUAAAGGCUUCCAACCUGAGGUGUUUAAAGCGAAACUUUCACUCGAAGUGAAACAAAACGCUGUGGCUGAGGAGUUUCCUGCUCUCACACACACACAGAAACAUAGGAAAUGACUCAUCGGAGCUGGACUGUUCAGCGUGGGUGUGUGCGCGCGCGCUGUUAAAACAAGGCGCAGACUCCUCCGCGUGACUCACUCUGAUGCUCGCUUUUCCAUCCUGAGGAGCAGCAGCACGGAUUUGUUUGUUCGUCAGAUGAACUUUCGGGAAGCAGCGAGCAGCUCGUCGUCAUGGCUCUGACCCUCCUGUGCGGCUUUCUUAUCGCGGCUGUGGCCAGCCUCCGCGGCGCGUGCGCGGAGAAAAGUCAGUGUCCCAACUCUGAGUUUUGGAGCUCAGAUUUGGGGUUUUGUGUUCCCUGUGCAUCCUGCAAGCAGUACCCCAAGACCCCAUCGUGCAACACAUGUAAAUUUGUGGAGGAGAUGCCAGAUGUGUGGAAACUUGCAGCGAUCACCAGUUUCUCUGUCCUGGCCGUGGUUCUGAUCGGCGCCGCGCUCAUCAUCGGAAUCAUGGUGCAUCGACGCAAGUCGCACAAACGACCCCUACGUGAACCUAUUGAGGAGACGGCGGGGCCACUUUAUCAGGCUUAAACAGCUGACCUCAUCUUCCUCUGGAAACGGACGUGACUGAAGCAAUGGAACCCGACGGGGGAACCUCUGGACCAGGAACUGUACACCUUAACCCUACGAUGUAGUUUGGCCAGAAUCUGACCGUUUUAACUUAUUAAAACUGUUUGUUGAAGAGCUGUUCUCAAGCUCAGUGCAGGUCCUGUAGCUGACCGCAGGACUUCCAACCAGCAUCUUUGUAGGUAUAGUCACAUCAAAUGAGCUUGUGGCAUCGUGUUUAGAAUAAGUGCCUUUUUUUUGUACUUCGUUCAGUCGAGAUUCCAGCCUGGAGGACCUUUUUUUAUUUUCAGGUCUAAUGAUGUUCGGUUUUGUUAGAACUACGUCUUUAAUUCCAGCCGGACUGUAGUGAAUGUAACACGGUCAAGUCUUUAUAGCCAAGCUGCAGCUUGAUCCCAGGGUUAGACAGCAGGGGUGGGGUGUGUGU